AUGGAUUCACCAACAAGUACGACUGGUAUCAGUGAUAGUUCAUUCAGUCUCGGCUCCAAAGAAACGGCGAGGGAAGUCACGAAACUCACCACCUCAGACAACUCUGAGCACGAGGUCAUUGAUAUGGGUCACGGUGAUGUUGACCUUCAGAUCAACAAUGCAACUUUCAAAACCCACAAACAUAUCCUCUGCAAUUUUACCCACCUAGAUAAGAUGCUGCAGAAUACCGGACAGUACGAGUCCGCAGGACCAGGCUCGAUGAUUAGACUCAACCGAGACGAACGCGGUGUAGAAGACAUGAAAAACACAUUUAAAAUUCUCUACGCAAGUGUGAUCGACGGCCCAGUCCAUUUCGAGUCUCCAGUUUACAUUUCAGCUCUUCGCAUUUCUACCGCAUACGAUUUCCCGAAACUGCGCAACUAUGCUAUGCAAGAGCUUGAAAAGGCCAACCUUAGCGCGAUUAAGCGGAUCCAAAUUGCUCGAGAGUUUGGCCUUACAUCUUGGGAGGUACCCGCCUAUAGCGAGUUGUCCAAGAGAGAGACUGCGCUUACCGAAGAAGAAGCUCAGAUUCUAGGUUUUUCAGCCUUUGCCAUUAUAGCUCGGGCACGAGAAGAAGAAAGUCUGAAACGAGGAAAGGUUCUAGGAAAACAGGAACUCAAGGACGAAAUCAAGCACGGCCACGAAAGAGUGAGGAGAAGGCGGGAUCAAGAAAGGGUAAAGAAAAUGGUAGAGUUAAAAGCAAAGAUGAAAGCUUAG